AUGGCGGAUGGUGAAGAGGAGCUCUGCAUUUGCCCGAGUUUCAACAGCUAUUCGGCAGAUGGGAUUGCAGAAAUUGCUAACAAAGUCACGGGACUUAACACAACCGACACUGAAGACGAUGAGAAUAAUGAUGAUGAAUUUGAGUUUGCUUUGGUAGGUGAAAACCAAAGGAUUUUGGCUGAGGAAUUCAUCUAUGACUGCCAAAUCAAGCAAGUGUUUCCCGUAUUUAACCGCGAUCUUUUGGUAAGUUAUGACGAUUAUGAUAAAGGUUUGUCUGGUGAAGGAGUGGAGAGUAUUAGAAUUCCUUUGAAGAAGAAUUUUAUGGAGAAGUGCAAGAAUGAUUAUCCUUCAUCAUCCUUAUCGGAAGCCGAUGAGUUGGAGAUUAUACCUCCGGGAACUUACUGUGUAUGGAGGCCUGAAUUCUCUGAGUCAUCGCCGAGUCAAUGUAAAAAGAGCAAGUCCACGGGAUCAGGGUCGAAGCGGUGGAAGUUCCGAGAUUUGGUCCGCCGAUGCAACAGCGAGGGCAAGGACUCUUUCAUCCUUUUAACACCGAAACACAAAGAAGAAAAACCAAAAGAAAAUGUAAAUUCAAAAAAAUCAAAAGCGAAGCGAGUCGUCUCCGGCGAGAAAUCGGCGGCUAAUUCACUUCAUGAAGCAUUUUAUGUACGUAACAGAGCAAUAAAGGAAAGUGAUAAGAGAAAAUCGUAUUUACCGUACAGGCAAGACCUGGUAGGAUUUUUCCCUAACGCAAAUGGAUUGGGCAGGAGGAGUUUUCCAGCUUUCUGGAAUAUGCAUUGUUUUCGUAAUGUUCAUUAUUUUCUUCCUUAUAGCAAAAUCAAAUGUCUAUUUACGGGAGAAAUGUUAUAG